AUGCCCACAGCAAUCGAGCACUUGGGGGCAAAACUCUACCUCAUUCACACACCGCUAAUGCACCGUCCGUUCUUGACAACCGUCCCGUUUAUCGCCGGCGACUUUGCAGCAUGGGGGUACCGCGUCGACCAGCACCAAUCCAACUCUCCGUAUGUGGCUGAGAUCCGCGCAAGAGAGAGGCAGGAGCACAUGAAGCGCAGGGCGCGAGACGUAAGCCAGAGGACAAGGCUGAUGGAGAUGUGGGCGACUGAGAUUAUCGAGAGGAAGAAGUCGGAGCGGCAAGCAAGGAGACGGAGCGGCAUGCCCGUGGAAGCACAGAUACGACAAGAACCAACAAUGCAAGGUGCAUCUGGGUUUCCUCAUGCGCGGGUCAAGAAAACGGGAGACUUUGUCCAGGAUUUUCUGAACGGACUGGUCGAGUGUGACGGCGAGAGCGACGUGCGUAGGAAACGACUCUCGUUUACAUUUUCCUCUGCGACAUCACGGAUAUGCCAGCACGUUCGCUUCCUAUAUGCCAUUCGCUACGUUCCCAGCGCGGCGCUGCCCGAGUGGUCACGUCCGUCUACAGGAGUUGUCAAGGUGUACUUGUGGGCGGAUGUCGGAGACGUGCUGCUGGACACGGCGAGUAACGGGGGAGAACUAGGGGAUGGGGAUCCGGUGCCCAAGUACGAAAGGGGAGAAGGGCCACCGGCGUAUUAUGCUGAGCAGCGUUGAACGUUGACAGCGCCAUGUGCAGAUCAAGCGGGCGUGCUGUGCUGGCUCUGGGGAAAUCCGCGUGUGAUUUGGAUAGGCAGCUGGUGUCGGUGCUUCUCGUAAUCGUCUAAUUUGUCUAAUUGCCUCGGACAGGCUGUCGACAGCACUGUCAUGCGACUCGGCAAUACUGCCUGCUUCGACGACGAGGUUCGACGCCGCUCAAGCUCAGAUGCCUGUCCCUUUUUUUUAUUUUUAGCAGUGGUUGUUGACAAGCUCGCUGUUCUCGUAUUAGCAGGCCAUGGGCGAAGCCGGGGGAGACGGAGGCCGGCUUUGACAGCAGUGGCAGUGCAUGUGCUUGGCGGCCGGCGCGGGCAGCGGGGCCCUGAUGAAAAGGAUGAAAGCGAUGAAAAGGAUGAAAAUGAUGC